GCUCUGCUUCCCCCCAGGCUGGCAGCCGGAGAGGAACUUGGAACAGAGUAGAAGAGCAGAGCAGACAAAGGAACACACACUGGACAGCUCGCAUAGAGAGAGAGGGAGGGAGGACGAGGAGGACAUGUAGUCUGGCUGCAGCCGAAGCACCAUCGCAGCGACUCCAAUCUCCAGAAUGCAGCACAACUGAUGAUCCACCCGACCAGAGGCACCAUGGCUGCUGGACUGAGGCCAGUGAUUCUGCUGCUGUUUGUUCUCUGUUAUUGGCAACUCACCGCAGGCAAAGAAGGAAAAUCUACAAAGAAGGGAAAGAAAGGAAAGCAAGUCGUCUGUCCAUCUCAGCUAUCACCAGAGGAUUUGGCCCAGGUUCCUGCUAACUCUACCUCCAACAUUUUGAACCGCUUAAUGGUCAGCUAUGACCCGAGAAUACGGCCGAACUUUCAAGGUAUACCAGUGGAGUCCAAGGUGAACAUCUUCAUUAACAGCUUUGGAUCCAUUCAGGAAACAACCAUGGACUACAGGGUGAACAUAUUUCUUCGCCAGAGAUGGAAUGACCCUCGUCUACGACUUCCUACCGACUUUAAAAGCGACGCGCUAACUGUCGAUCCCAACAUGUUCCAGUGUUUGUGGAAACCCGACCUCUUCUUUGCCAAUGAAAAAAACGCAAACUUUCACGAUGUUACACAGGACAACAUUCUGCUGUUCAUCUUCAGGAACGGAGACGUCUUGAUCAGCAUGAGGCUGUCGGUGACGCUGUCUUGUCCCUUGGAUCUUACACUCUUCCCAAUGGACACACAACUGUGUAAGAUGCAGCUGGAGAGCUUUGGCUAUACCACCAGUGAUCUUGUGUUCAUGUGGCAGUCUGACCCCGUUCAAAUGGAUGAGAUCGCUCUUCCACAGUUUGACAUCAAACAAGAGGACAUCAAAUAUGGAAACUGCACAAAGUACUACCAAGGAACAGGGUACUACACCUGCGUUGAGGUGAUUUUUACAUUACGAAGGCAGGUUGGUUUCUACAUGAUGGGAGUUUAUGCUCCGACUCUGUUGAUUGUAGUUCUGUCCUGGUUAUCAUUCUGGAUCAAUCCUGAUGCCUCAGCUGCAAGGGUGCCACUGGGUAUUUUAUCAGUACUCUCUCUGUCCAGUGAGAGUAUGUCCUUGGCUUCAGAGCUACCAAAGGUUUCCUACGUAAAAGCCAUCGAUAUCUGGCUCAUUGCCUGUCUGCUUUUUGGGUUUUCAUCCUUGGUGGAAUAUGCCGUGGUGCAGGUGAUACUGAACAGUCCCAAACUCAUCGAGGAGGAGAAAGCCAAAAUGGCCACGAAGGAAAAAGCUUUAAAGGAGAAAGAAGGAAAAAAGCCUUCGAGUAAAACUAACAAUACGGUCAACGGAACAGGUGGAACGCCCAUGCAUGUCAACACUCUGCAGGUGGUCGAAACUCGCUGUAAGAAAGUUUGCACCUCCAAGUCAGACCUUCGCUCCAACGACUUCAGCAUCGUGGGAUCUUUACCUCGAGACUUUGAACUUUCCAACUUUGACUGUUACGGCAAACCAGUUGAAGUUACGGGCGCCCUCAAGUCCCAAAACAAAGCCAACAAGAAACCCCCGCCACCCAAACCUGUCAUACCUGCUGCUGCUAAACGGAUUGAUCUCUAUGCAAGAGCCCUCUUCCCCUUCUCCUUUCUCUUCUUCAACGUCGUCUACUGGUCAGUCUAUCUGUAAGAAGGGUAGCAGUAAGGUGAAAAUAAAAUAAUUUGUAUGCUGAUGAGGACUGGUAGAAUCAACUUAGCUGCAUAGAUUGAUGUGGUCCUUGGGAGUCACUGUAAAUUGCCAUAUUGACAAAACUUUGCGGCUGUCCACGUUAAGCCAAGCAUUAAGAAGGCACUGCAUGUGUGUCUGAUACAGGACAUAGUGCUUAUUGCAACCUAAACCAUACUGAGGUGAAACUAAAACCUCUACGCUGUGCAUUAGAAAUAAAUGCUUUUUGUUGAGUGUGAAACUACUGGUAACACUUUAUGUUAAAGGUAUGGAAUAAUGCGAACUACUAAACAUGGCUUUUAUAUCCGCUCCCAGUUGCUUCAGAGAAUCAACAUCGAAUAAUCAGACUAGAAGGUUUAUCGCUCUUUCACUCAAAGAAAGUUGCUUUGAUGCUGACAGAGAGCUGAUCUAAACCAGCUACUCAUAUAUGAAUUUGUGUAGACGCUAAUAUAACGAUGACAAGUGUCUGAUUUUCCAGCUUGCACAACAAUUACUGUAAAAAAAAACAAGAGAAAACGGGAUCCGAGACUCACUGCAGUAGUACACCAGAAGGAAAUUAAGCAGCUUUCACACAGAACCCAUUCAUUUUAAUUGCUGGUGCCGCACAACAACUUCAUGCCGCUGUGCCGAGCAAAGCGCAACAAUUGCCGUGGUCAAACUUUACCUCCUGCGUGUUUUUACAUGUGACUUUGCAGCCAAUAGAAACAUGACAUCUUGCCUGCAUGGAGGGCAAAGUGGAGAAAAAGCCGGUACUGUGUGUCUGAAUUCAUUGAAUUAUAUGACACCACCUUUAGAUUGGAUCGAGACUUGGGGAGGAAGAUGGAUGGAUGGAUGGAUGGAUGGAUGGAUGGAUGAAUGAUGGAUAGAUAGAUGAUGAUUAGUUCCAUUAACAUUAAAGGUUAGUAUAUACUCUGAAAAAACUUGCUGUACAAUACUGUAAAAUAAAAAAAACACUUCUAAUUUUAAAAUCAAUGGAAACACUAAUUGUAUUAAAAGUCAAUAAGCAGUAUUUUUGCCUUUCAAGGCAUCGUGAUUUAAAUUGAUUUUGACAAAUGGUACGAAAACAGUUGUUGUAAACUACAUAAGGUACAAUCACAUUGGUCCUACUGUGAUUAUGACUGAGACCCCCAACCGACCACUCAGUGAUGAGUUACACAGUCUGAUGUGGGACUAAGGAGUUCUUCUUUAGCUAGCUUUUAUACUAGCAAGCCUAGUGCUAACGUUUGCUACUUAGUAUGGGAGAAAAACACAUUCAUUGUUAAAGAGUUUGCAGCAAACUGAAAGCUUCUUGCUUGAGAGGACGGUGAUGUUGCUUCGCUGGACGUUUAGAAAAGUCCUCCUAUUUUGGACCCUAAUCCGAGACUCCCAAGGAGCUGUGUGAAAGCUGCUUUUACUAUGGUGUUUUCUCCAAGUCUUAAAUACAUUUCUACCUGUUCUGAGUGGAAGGCAUACCAUCAUAAAGAGAAAUGAGGCUAAUGAAUUGUACAAAUUAGAAUAUCUAGUCAUGCUUUCAAACAAUCUCUUCUCUUAAUGUUGACCACGGCCACUGACAUGAAAAGUAAAAGUAGUAGUUGUAAGACUCUUGAGUCCACUUCCAAUCAAACUUUGUGUCCCAACCAGUUUUACUGACAGCCUAAAUAAACCAUAGCUAGGAGGAUCGGUUCAGAAGACUGAAGAAAAAACAGUGAAAAAGAUGUCCAAAGUCUACCUUUUUUCCUGUUUUUUUGACAUUCAACAGCAGCUUACCAAAACAUUCUUACCAUUUUAGUAACUGAUAUGAUGGAGCUUCUCUGGCAGUUGCGCAAAUUAAUCAAUAGCUCAAAAACGUUCAUCGUGUCUUCUUUAGUUUCUGAUUCUUUUGUUCAGACAUUAGGUGAAUGGAUAGAUGUUAUUUACCUUGCUUGACAGUUUUGACGAAUACUCUCGCCUUCCUCAGAAGCGUCUCACUGACAGCGUGACGUGUCAGCCGGCAGAUUAAUCAAUGUUGAUGGAUUAAUGAGCGUUUGUGCACAGAUGUAUGUUCAUCAGUACCUCCUACCAUAAAGUGUUACACAGCUUACUCAGCUCAGUCAAUAACUACUAGAUGUUUUGUCCUUUUUAAAGCAUUCCAGCACAUAGAGAUAUAAUCCUGACGCUGGGAUGUUCUAACUAACUGCUAGAGCAUCUCUGGUCUUAUACUACAGUCUUAACCUGCUAAACACUGUUAAGCACCAGCUAAGCUUGGCUGCUAGCUGCUGAAGCUGCUGAGUUUGCUAUGCUCUUUCUUGGAAUAUAUUGCUAUGAUUAAUAUUUCAUACUUGCCUCCCCAGCAUGGUAAAGCCUAUAGUGAAUUAUUUUCAAAAAAAAGUUCAAUAAAAACUUUCCUUUCUUAAGAA